GUACUAUCUGUUGUAUAAGAAUUCAAUUCAGUUUAUAGUUCAAGGUGGAAUUCAUAUACUUCAUUGUAAAAUUAUUAAAAAUGCCAUAAAGUAGUUAAUAGUUAGGUGGGCCUUAAGGGAUUUCAUGUCUGAUUCACAAAUGGUAUUUAGCAUAUUUAACCAAUUGGAGAACAGAGUCCAUAAGACCUAUGAGUAAAAAAGUAAUGCAAUUGGUUAAAAUUCCUUAGCAUAAUCAUCAUAAGCAUAAGAUGUAGGCUGUGAACAACAACACGGCAUAAAGCUACAUUAUUGGCUAUUUCGGAAAACUUUCUGUUGGAACUAACGAAUAAUGAAGUCUUGUAUUGUCUUAUGUGUUUAUGUUAUGUUGUAGCGAUUCAACUCGAUUAAAAGGAAAACCUAGUAAAUUCAAGUACAACACCGAUAUACUGAAGGAAGAGAUAAUUGAAUAUCAUAAAACAAUUUAGUAGCGAGAAGAACGUCUAUUCGUUUCAUUGCUACGAAAAUAUCUGCCGAUUUUCAAUGAACGACACAUCAUCCGUAACUUGUUCCGAUAUUAAAGAGUAACGAUUAUUUAUAUUUUUCUCAAUUGUGCACAGUAAAUUACGUUUUAAAGGAUAAAGUGAAUUCGUUAGUUAUCGUUGCGCAAUCUUUUUGCUGCUAGAAAAUCAGGAAUACGAACAUUGAACAGUGGGAUCCUUGUGAUUUGAUAAGUAACUUGAAUGAAACCGCUUAUAUAAUCAUGGAGCAACAUGCAGUAGAUGGGCAAGCGGCUGAAGUUGCAAGAUUGCAAAAUGAGAAAACUGUACAACAAAAUGUGCAUAUAGUGAAUACUGAGGCUGUAACGAUUGUAGAAGAAGUUGAGAUUGAUAAUGUCACAACUGCAAUCGAUACACAUUCAACUGCAACAAUAAAUGUUGAACCAGCAGGACUUUUGGAGUCAACUGAUGCAGUUUUGGAUUUUGAUAAUGAAGCCACAAUCGAAGUGAUCGUUGGCUCUGACGAAGGUGCAUUUGAAUCAUUGAACCCUGGCACAUCACACAGUGUCGAACCUAAUGCUCCACAGUUAAGUUCUACCCCGACAAAUGCUGUUACUGAUAGUGCUCAAGAGAUACAUGUUAAUAAUGUACCAGUAAAAAAAGACGGGGACACAGGUGAAAUUGUGAAAUCAGAAAACGUAACGUUGGAAGUAGCAGUACAGAAAACUGUCAGAGACGUAAGUAAUGAAUUAAAGGGAGAUGUAGAAAAUAUCGACUCAGAAUUGAAAACAAGCAACCACAUGCUGAAAGUCGACACAUCGAAUAAUGAGGGUGAAUUAGAUAGCGACAAAAUUAUGUUAACGGAACGUAAAAAUGUAUUGUGCAACAACGAAAGCAUAUCUGAAUACUCCGCGCUCUGCCACGUGGAAGACUCAUCAAGUGUCAAAGAAUUGAAAGAAAAGGAAGAAAGCCUUGUUAUUGAUCAAGAUAUAUCGUCAGAUUGUGUGAAUCAAAAUUGUGAACCGAACGAGCAAUUUGAAUAUAGUUCCACUUCGAUGAAAAGUGCAGGACCUGAUAGUGUAACAAUGCUUUCAACAAAUUCUAAACAGGAUAGCACAGUGUCACCUCUAGUAUCAAAAGAUGCUUCAUCGACAAAUGAUUUGACUGAUAGAUAUGUAACAGAAAAUUCUGCACAUUCAGAUAUAUGUGUGCAUGUCAGUUCACAAGAUACUCAAGUCUUUGAUGAUAGCCUUCAGGAAAAAUCCAAUCUAAUUAUUCGAGAAGAUAAUUCCAAUCAUGCGAAUGACAAGGACAACUUCGGUCUCGUUAUCUAUGAAGAAAAUGCCAAAGGGGAGACUAUUUCCAUGGAAAUGCUUACAGAAUCGGAAGUCAUUAACAAUACUAGGACUGACGAUGAUGAAUGUCAUUUGAGUUCAGUGUCGUUAGUAAAAAUCGAAUUUGUAACGGAUCACGAUAUUACGACCAGUGGAAACGAGGCGAUCACUGUGACAAGCGUAGAAACUCCAAGUAUUGACAAUCAGGAAGAAUCGCAUGAUUUAUUAGUAAUGCUGGAUAAAGAUGAUUAUACUGUAAAAGAAGUAAGCACGGAUAAUCAUUUUAUUGCUUCAAUAAAACCUGUUGUGCAAUCACAUUCGAAGAAUGUCAAAGACACGCUUUAUUCAAAAUCCAAGAAUGACGUGGAGUCGACGAUAGUGAAAAAACAAAGGAGCGUUGUGCAGGACAUUGUCGACGAAUGGACCGAUGAGAAUCAAGAAGAUUCUGUAGAUGAUCAAAAGCAGCAAUCGUCCUUUGGACAAGAUUCCGUAGAAAUUGAGUUGAAGACACUGCUGGAGGAUGAAAAAAAUAAAAAAACAUUCGAGCACAAUAAGGAAUUAUUGAGUAGAAAGGAAGACGAGCAACAAAUUGUAACAGGCCCUCUUGCAGGAAGUAAUAAUACGUUAAAUGUCAGCAACAAAUCAAACGAACAAACUAAGUCAAAGAACAUAAUGAUCCUUUCGAUAGAGAAUGAGCAUAGUGAGAUGGGCAGAGAUUCAGGGAAGACAGAAACGAAAAACAUUCCCAAUAAAGAAGCAUUGAAUAAAAUUCCUCAGCAAGUGCAUGGAAAUUUGUCAAAGCGUCUAUUGCAGGAUAAGCAGGUUUUACUAAAGAACAAGGUGUCGACGCCAAAAGCUGGCGUUAAGCUUCUUGGACGACCUCUGACGAGUCAAAUAGCUUCUACCGCAGAAGUUACGGAAGUACUGAAAGAACGACUACGAGAAAAGCAGAAGAACUUAGAGAUGCCUCAACGACCAGACAUUUUUUUCGUUAAGAAAUUGACGCAACGACUAUCUAGCAAGUUAUCUGCGAGUUCAGCGAAUCCUUUGCCAAGACUUAUUCCACUACCACAAAAGGCAGCAUGUCCUAACGAUGAAGUUUGUGAAACGAAAAUAGCGACCACCAGUACUACUCCUGAUAAGAGUAAAACUGGUAACACAGAUAACAAAGAGUUGCUCGCAAUUCUAGAAGGCGACGUCGAUCCUGAUUGGUCCAAUUUAAAACCUCCAGUUCUAAUAGCAGAAGACAAACCUACCAGCACCAAAGCACACCAUAAUACACCCCCAAAAUUGGAUCCUUUAAUCGAACGCGAAUUAGCAUUGAAGCAACUCCUUGAGCUGCCUUCUGUUCCAUCUACCAAGAAAACCAAUGCUAAGAAAAAGAAAACCGUACAAUUGGAUACCAGUAACAAUGACAAACAAACUCCAAAAGUGUCAGCUGCGAAUAGCGAAAAUACCAACAGUGAACCUUUGCAGAAGGAUGUAUCGUUAAAGGAUCCUCCUUCAGCUUAUGAAGAGUCACCAGAAUCAGUGGGUAAGAAUAUUUCCCAGAUUGAACAAGCAACUGUAUCCACUCAGGAUGUUCGAUUGGAUGAGUCAAGAUCCGGUAGGAAACGAAAACCUACCGAAAGAGCUCGGGAACACGAACAGAAUACUUCAAAGAGGCAAAAAAUCUACAAAGGUAAGAUUGCGGUGAAAUCGCCUCAACCUACAGAAAAUGUUGUAGUACAUGCCAGCCAGCGAGAAGAAGAAGAAGAAGUUAAAACUCCAGAGGGCACACAUGACCAAUCCACGGAAAUUGAAGAGAGCCAAAAAACUAAUGAAUCGUUAACGAAAUCAGUGUCUGGUAAACAAGUUGUAAACAAAGCAGACGUAACGCCAAGUAAAGUUCUAACCACAUACAGUUCACGGUCGAAACAGAGUCUUGCGAAGAAAGGACCGCAACCAAUUGCAAAGCGAAAAAUGGCAGUGAAGAAAUUAUUACGUCGUAAAAUGCAAACGAACAAGAAAGCGGUCAAUUUGAAAUCAAAACUCUUAGUGUCGACAAAGAGCGCAGGUAAAUCACAAAAGUCUGUGUCGGAGGUCAGUCCAGGAGACACAAAACCAAAGAAGAAAGUGAUUAAUGAGAUUGACAGGUUGCUCCAGGAUGAGGGAGUUGUCAAUUUAUUAUACGACGUGGAGCAACCAGAUAAAAAGCGUUUGGUACCAAUCACCAAGUCUCAAACAAAAGUAAUGGACAUACAGAAAGUGCAGCGCGAAUUGAAAAUUAGAACGAAGCUAGUGCGUAACGCGGUUCUACGUUUGCGUACGUCAAACGUAAGCAACGUUAAGGUGUCACCAAGAUCAAAAAGAGGUUCCGUGGUACGAUCAAGUCAAAAUUCACUGGGUGAAGAAAAAUCCAGUGAUCAGAUCAGAUCUCCACGUUUGGCCGCAUCUGCUGCCAAUGAAUUUGUGUUUCCCGCGAAAAUUAGAAACGCUGCAGAUGCAUCCGUUAUCGUACGUCGUCAUUCAUCGAGCUCAUUCUCCAGCGCUUCUUAUAGUCCUAGGGUUAGUAUUGAUGGUCCAGAGAAACAAACAUUACUCGACGGUUCGAAAGAUAAGAAAUCAAUUGUCGAGGAAACUGGGGCGCAUAUACUCAGGUCAAACAAGAGGCGAUACUCUCAAGAUGAAAAAACAAAACAGUCUGGAGAUUCGAAGAAGACUAAAAAGAAAGUCGCAGCAAAAUCAGAGUCCGAAAAAUUUGCUUCUAAAGCCAUUGUCGAUUUAGAAGUUGCAGUAGCCGAUGAUAAGCCGACAGUGGCAACGCGCUCGAACAAACGUAUAGAAGCGAAGAAAGCCGAGAAGACGUCGUCCAAGAUGAUAGAGCUUGUUGACAUUGACGAGGGUAGUAAUAGCAGCUCCUUCAGUAAAAUAGUGACCCGAUCUAACGGAGCAUCAGCAGGGAAAGCAGUAACAAAAAGUAAGAGAGGCGUCAAGGGCAAAGUAACCUUUGCUAGAGGCGCUGAAGCCGACAGAUGGGAGGAAACGCCGAAGGAAGAAGAUGAGUUGUCGGCUUGUCUGGCAGAAGUUGCCACGGCGCUUUCGGAUGUCACUGGAAUGUCCGGUCGCUCAGAAAGCGCAAUAAUUAAUCGUAAACAUAAAGCUAACGCGAAUUUAACUAAAACGACUGAUAUCGAUGGGGGCAAAAAAGCGAAAAUCGAUGGAGAAAGUUCCUUUAGCAAUAAGGAAAUAAAUGUGCGUCGUCAUGGAAAUCUUGUACAGCUCAUACUUACUCCAUCAUCUUCUACUAAAAUAAGAAACGGAAUCACGCUUCAGGUGAUGCGUGAAUUUCGGGAAAUUUUGUCAAUUUUGAAGAAGGAUGACGAGUGUCGUGUCGUUCUUUUGACAUCUACAGGAACAAGUUUCUGUGAAGGUUUAGAAUUGACAAAUAUCUUACAAGUUGAUAAAGAAAAACGACUGAUGCAUGCCCAAGAAAUGGCCAACGGUGUUAAGAGCUUCAUUAAAAGUUUAGCAACUUUUAAUAAGCCAAUCGUUGCUGGUGUGCAAGGGGCUGCUGUUGGACUUGGUGUAACAAUGCUUCCAUUAUUUGACCUUGUGAUAGCUAGUGAUAAAGCAACGUUCAGUACACCAUACGGCAAGUUAGGUCAAAUUGCUGAGGGAGCUGCUAUCUUCACACUUUCCCACACACUUGGUAGCGCCUUUACUAGCGAGUUACUACUAGGAGGCAGAACGUUUACAGCCAGUGAGGCAUUGAGAGCUGGACUUGUCACAAGGGUUCUUUGGCCAGAUCGGUUUCAAGACGAACUGCUACCUUCGUUGCGGGCAAUGAGCGAACAGUCAUCACAGUCCAUGGAAGCCACGAAAGCUCUGUUACGUAACAGCCACCGGAAAGAACUGGAUGCAGCAUUAGAGUCUGAAAGUUAUCUGCUGGUUCAACAUUGGUGCUCUUCAGAGUGUCAAAGAGCAAUAAAAUCCUACAUUGAUGAGAAGGUUCAAUGAGCAUAACCACUGGCAAGUUAAUUAAAAACUAAUAAGUCACUGCUGGAAGUGAAUCAAGUUAAUGAUGAUCUAUACAAACACAAUGUUCGAGUGCUGAUUGGCUGCAGGGGGGCUGUGCAUUAUUCUUAUACAGUUUAUGUAUGUCGUUUUACGAUGGAAGAGGACGAAAUCGAAGAGACUAUUUUAUGUUUACUUUUAUGCACGGCAAGAAUUGUCAUGGAAUAAGGAUUGAAACGAAAAUAAGAAAUUUAUAUUUUGUUCGAGAACAUAUCAGAGUUAUGAUUACGUGGUAAAAGGAAGUGGGAUUUUCUGUGUCACACGAAUCUGUGCAUUAUCACCGUGGUACGUUUUCAUUUUGAUCGUCCAUAAAUCUAUUCAUUCGUAAUUGCCUCAGAGAUCAAUUCAAAGGACUCGCACUCUGCAAAUGUUAUUUAAGCUAUUUUCACUUUACUCUAAGGAGACUGUAAAUAUUGACCGCACAGUUUCCGUGAUUGCAUCGCAGUUCUAAAUUAUGUGCAGUGUUCCCACAACAUGUCGAUGACGAUCGGCGUUCCCUUAAGAGAGCCAACCGUAACUCUUCGCUUUUUAUUGAUUGUUCUGUCGAUUCGAUCGUCACUCCUCGCUUCUCGUUAUUGGAAUGUUAACGAGCAACUCACAUCGGAGAGCACUGUAACUCGCGUGAGGAUCUAUGAUCAAUUGUAUGGGAGGUUUACAUAAUUACUGGAAUCAGAAAAUGAACUAUUUUAAUAUUAGACUUCCUUUUAGGUAUUAAGGUACAAAAAGUCGUGUGUUGUAUAUAGAAUAUAUAUGUAUAUAGUGUUAGUCAGGGCUAUUGUGCCAGCUGAUUUUGGCGCUUUCAUUUAAUUUCUAUCGAUUCUUAUGGUAGAACCAGUUUCAGCAGCUACAACAGCUCUGAAUAAUACUGCAUAUAGAGUUAUUCGCGACAAAUUCUACCGUUUACAGGAUACGGUUACUGCGAGUAAGUGGUUAGUUUGUCGCGAAUAACCCUGUAUACAAGGUGGUAACGCAUUUAUUAAGAUACGAUACUACCAUGGAAGUCAGAUGGAGUAAGAGCAUCCAUUUUAUUCCUUAUAUACACGUAUGUAUAUAUUCAUAUAUAUAUAUGUAUGUAUAAAAACACUUAUUCUGGCAUGUUAUUACUAUUAGAGUAAAAUAAAGGGAAACAACAAGAAA